AUGGGAUUUGAACAUCGGAAUAUUGGCUGUUUUGCUACUGAUGAUUUUUUGCUGAUAUUAAUGGCUUUUAUUCUGACUUGUACAAUUACUUUUCAGCAUGUGACGGAAAGAGAUUCUCAUCACUCGUCACUCAGUUUGUUAGGGAAAUAUACUAAAGCAGCAGUAGCAGCGGACAAUGUUUUUUGUUCGGAAAUAGGAAGAAAUGUCGAUUAUUUAAGAGAUAUUUUGCUGAAAGGAGGUAACGCUGUAGAUGCAGCGAUUGGCGCGUUAUUCUGCAUCGGAGUUAUGGAUGCUCAUUCAGCAGGAAUUGGUGGCGGCCAUUUUAUGACAGUAUAUAACCACACCACAAGGAAAUGCAGUAUCAUAGAUGCUCGAGAAACUGCGCCUUCAAAAGCAUCCGAAAAGAUGUACGUUGGGAGAUGGAAUAUGUCUGAAAAAGGAUGGCUUUCUGUUGCUGUUCCGGGAGAACUACACGGCAUUUGGACUGCUUACCGGAACUUUGGAGGUGGCAUCGGGUGGGAUAAACUUUUGCAGCCUACAAUUCAACUUCUUAUGGAAGGUCAUCCAACUUCUCACGCUUUGGCGAAGGCUCUGAAAGAUGAAGAGAAACGUAUUUUGGCGGAACCAACAAUGGAAAUGUUUAUUAAUCCAAAGAAAAAAAAAGUUUACGAAGCAGGAGAGCAGAUUGUGACUAGGUGCGUGAAAGUUUUUAAUUUGGAUUUUAUUACCAGCAACUUUGCUUAUAUACGGCACAGUCUCUCUAGAGGAAAAUUCGCAAAUUUCCUGAAAAAAUUGGCAUCUGCAGAAGACCCCAUAAAACUUUUCUAUAACAGCUCACUAACGAAGGAGAUAAUUUUACUUCACACUUCUCUAGAAGCAGUUUACGGUGGUAUUUUAACACUUGAGGACUUUGCCUUGUAUGAAUCAAAGUUAUAUGAAGGUGAUUAUUUGAUUAGUGCAACUUUUGAAAACGGUUAUCGAAUUUGUGGACCUCCACCUCCUUCUGGUUCUGCAGUGGCCCAAGCGAUUUUAAAAAUCCUUGACGAGUAUGAAGAGGACAUGGCGAAAACUGAUCCUGAACUCGUCCUUCAUCGUUUUAUUGAAGCAUCCAAAUUUGCUUAUGCUGCAAGAAGUGAUCUUGGCGACCUCACCUUCAACGCCACUGCGUUGAAAAUUGCAAAGCAGAUAAUAUCAGCAGAAUACGCAGCAAAAAUUAGGAGGUUAAUCACUGAUAAGGCUCAUCCAUCUUCUUACUAUGGCGGGGACUUUGAACCUGUUGAGGAUCAUGGUACAACACAUAUCUCGGUGUUAGAUUCCCAAGGAAAUGCAGUUUCCGUAACUUCUACUAUCAAUCUAAUAUUCGGUUCCGGCGUUGCUUCUCCAUCUACUGGCAUAAUCUGGAACGAUGAAAUGGACGAUUUUAGUUCUCCGGGGCGGCCUAAUUACUUUGGCUUGUUACCAUCAAAAGCCAAUUUUAUCAAACCAAAAAAACGCCCAAUGAGUAGCGCUAGUCCGCUCAUAAUUUACAGUGAGAAAGACCCAGAAGAAGUUUUCGUGAUUGGAGCAGCUGGAGGUUCGCGGAUAAUCUCCGGAGUUGCUGGUGUUGCCAUGCGCGUUCUUUGGCUGAAUGAGGAUGUCAAGAGGGCUGUUGAUGCACCUCGCAUUCUUAACCAACUGACACCUAACGUAACCUACUACGAAGAAGGGCUACUUCAGAAAUAUCGUAUUGGGUUGGAAAAGAGAGGUCAUACAAUGGUUCUGCGAAGUAAUUUAUCAGUUGUCACUAGUGUGGAAAGGAAAGGUGAAGAUAACUUAUACGCAAACAGUGAUUAUCGCAAGGGUACUGAAAGCUCCCCAGCAGGAAACCUGGCACUUUUUCAAACACCAUUGCAAAGGUAUUAA